AUGGCGAGCGCCAGAGGUCGACAGUCAGUUCCUCGUGACAACACAACAAGCAACAUGAACACUAAGAUCUUGAUCGUCUUGGCCGUGGCAGCUCUGUCAGCAGCAGACAGCCACAGCCGGGAAACCUUCUCUUAUGCUGCCCCUCGUACUUACUCAGCGGAGUCCCUUGAGUCUACUGAGGCUAAGUACAACUACCAAUGGGCCAUCAGUGAUGACUCCUCCAGCAACGAGUUCAACCACCAGGAGGCCCGCGACAACGACAACACCCAGGGGUCGUACUACGUGAACCUUCCCGACGGUCGUGUUCAGAAGGUUACUUACCGCGUGGAUGGUGACUCAGGCUACGUAGCCGAGGUCAGCUACGAAGGUGAGGCUCAGUUCCCCGACUCUGAUGAGUCUAGGGAAUAUGCCCCACCCAGGCCAAGCUACUAUGACUCCAAUGAAUCAAACUAAACAUCUCUGUUACCCUUUCUGGCAAGUUUGGUUCAUCCUCACGUUACACUUAUUUAUUGAACACACUAUCAAUAUUUAUUCUACUCCAUGAAAAUAAAGUGAAGGCAAAUAUA